AUGGCUUUGAGUUUUUGGGAUAAUGGCUUCUCUUUUCAGCACUAUUUCAACCAGGAAAUGCUGAGUUUCCAUCCUACGGAAGCUGAAAACAACAACAACAACAACAACAAAAACGACGUCUUGGACUUGGAUUCUUACUUCAGCUUGUUCAGUUUCAGCAACAAUGAUGGCUAUGGUUUCGAUUAUGAUUAUGUUUCAGAUUACUUUCCUUCUCCUCUUUCCGAUAAUUUUAUCUUCCCUGUUGAAGAUAUCGAGCUUUAUCAGAACUAUCCGAAACGCCAGAAGAGUUGCUAUUAUGGAGAUGGGGUUGACGUUGAUCAUCAUGAUUCGGUUGCUUUUUUGCCUGAAUUCUUUUCCGGGUGUGUUUCAAAUGUUGUUCCCCCUCCACCGCCACCACCGCCGCUUCCCGAAUUCCGACCAGAUAUUCCGGCUCCUCCUCUGGCAGGUUUCAGCGUAGGAAAGAAUAGUGCUACUACUGAUCAACAUCACAAGAGCAGCACGAGGAAACCGAACGGCGGGAGCUUGAAGGCGCAAAGCAUUGUGGCGGGAGAGAGAAGAAGGAAGAUUAAAGAGAAGACUCAAGAGCUGGGAAAACUGAUUCCAGGCAGCCAUAGAUUGAACACUGCUGAAAUGUUUCAAUCUGCUUCAAAAUAUGUCAAGUUCUUGCAGGCUCAACUCAAACUUCUUCAAUUCAUGCAGCCAAUAAUGGUGGAAAAAGAAGAAAAGUUUCUGUCUCAAGAGCUUCAAACUCUUCUCAAGUCUCCAGUAAUUCAAGAAAAAUUAUAUUCAGAAGAGAAGUGUUUGGUUCCAAGGAAAAUUCUUCAAACCCUAAGAAAGGAUCCUGAAAUCCAAUCAAAACCAGCCAUUUUUGGGAGCAUUUAUGAGUUGCUGGAGACAAGUAAUGGCUGA